GUUUGCUCACUAAUUUCUCUUUUUGUGUGGUUUGAUUUUUCAUCUCAUAAAGAUAUUGUUCAUCUCGUCGUAAUUCAAAUAUUUUCAGAAAACAGGUUGGACGAAGAGGCCGUAAUCACUACAGACCAAGCAGGAAAACCAUUAUGA